UUCAUCCAAUCACAGGCUUUCCUCCAGAUGUACUUCAUGAUCUUCUGGAAGGAAUAGUUCCUGUGGAGCUUUCUCUCUGCAUUAAGACUAUGAUCCGGAUGAAGUACUUCACUUUAGAGUAUUUGAACCAAAAGAUUGCAUCAUUCCCAUAUCAGCACACUGAUAAAGUGGAUAGACCUCAUCCAAUUCCCAAAACAUUUUUGUCUCGAGGAACGAUAGGAGGGAAUGGACAUGAAAAUGCUACUCUGCUCCGACUGCUUCCAUUACUUGUAGGCAGUGUAGUACCAGAAGGUGAUGGUGCAUGGACAGUUUUGAUGGAACUGAAAGAGGUAGUGCAGUUAGCAUUAUGCCCAUCAUUUACUGAUGAAACCUUAGACUAUUUUCAGUCCAAAAUCAGUGAUCAUAAGCAAGUACUUCUGCAAACGUUCCCAGAGUUUAACCUUCGUCCUAAACAUCACUACGUGGAGCAUUACCCCACCAUGAUCAAGUGCUUUGGGCCCCUGGUGCAUGUUUGGACAAUGCGAUUUGAGGCCAAACACCGUUUUUUUAAACGAGUGGUGCAUGACGCUCAAAACUUCAAAAAUAUUUUGAAGACAAUGGCAGUCAGACACCAACACAUGAUGGCAUACCAUCUUGCUGCCCCUUCAUUUUUCAACCCUGAAACACAAGCGUCCAGUGUUGACUCUGUUCUGGUUUCAGCUCUACCAGAAGUAGCUCAGCUACACAUCAGAAGACUAACAACUAGUGACACAAUAUACCAGACAUCAAAGGUUACCAUCAAUGGCACAGACUAUGUCUGUGGAAUGUUUUUGUCUGUCGGAGAGAGUGGUGGACUACCUAGGUUUUGCAGAGUAGAACACAUUUACCUUGUCAAUAGCACCAUUUCAUUCCUUUGUUCUGAUUGUGAGUCCUGGUUUUCAGAACAUCUUGGAUCCUAUGAGCUCUCACCUUCACAGACAAGUCUGUCAAUCCACCUAAGGUCUGACUUAAACGAUUCAGUCCCUCUCUCUGCAUACGAGGUAGAAGGCUCGCUUCUGUUGACACCCAAGAGAUUCAUACAAAUAAAACAAGCCAGUGCAUAAUGGCAGCUUUAUCUCCACAAGCCAUGAUCCUUCGUGUUGUUGAGCCAGACCGGGCUAGAAAAUUAAAACUUAGUUCACGACCAGCCUCUGUUGAUGCACUGAUUGCUGUUAUAAAAGAACAGCUGGAAAUAGACCUUGACUUCAGUUUAAAAUAUGAAGACCCUGACUUUGAUGGAAAACUUACUUCCCUCUCUGACAUUGAUGAGUUGCCACAGAAAGCUGUUGUGCAUGUGUCAUUUGAGCAAGAUUCCAGCUCUGUUGCAUCAACAGAAACAAUGUCAAGUGUAUCAUCCUCAGAACGUGGGAGAAGAUGGCCUUCACAUAUUUUUCCAAUUCCCACAUUUUCUUUUGACGUUAAACUGAGACUUCGGGAAGGUAAUGCCGAAUUUGAGAAGAACAACAAGCAACUUCAGUUAACUAGAGACAUAAAACAUGACAUUUUAGAAAAGCUAGCAUCUGUGAUGUAUGGCUACAAGGCUUAUCCCAGUGAUAAGGAGAUAGCAAUGGUAGCUGAGGCUCUUGUGGUAAAACAUCCUUGCUUGAAAGAAGCAGGAUCUCAGACUGGCUGGAAUGGGUGGAAAAAUAGCCUCAAAUUUAAGAUGGGGAACUAUAGGAGCAAGAUGAGAAGGGCUGGAUGUCCAGAGAUCACUGUAAAUGCUGGAAAAAGGAGUGCAAUGAAUCCUGACAAUGAAUCUUCACAUUCAAAUAUUAAAAGACCCAAACGAGCAGAAGUAAACUUUUUGCCCAACUUUCCCCAAGGAGAAAAUCCCUCAACUCUUGAACAGUUGAGACAGAAAAUUGUUGAUGAA